AUGAUAUCUUUUUCAUAUAUACACAAUGAUAAUAAAUAUAUAGAAGAAUUAAUAAAGUUAUUAAAUUCACAAUGGCCCAGAUCGGAAUAUUCAAGAAAGGCAUCAAUAGAGAAAUCAAAUGAUAAUUUUCCUUUUUAUUUAAUUAUGAAAUUAAAAAAUGAUGAACUAACGGUAGAAGAAACUGAAGAAGUUAUAGGUUGUUUAACAAUUUCAACAGUUUUAAAUAAUGAUAAAGAUUCAAAUGUUUCAUUAUUAUUAGAAAAUGUUUUAAUUAAAUCAAAAUAUAGGGGAAAAGGGUAUGGUAAAUUAUUAAUGAUAGAAGGUCAUAAAAUAAUGAAAAAAAAAGGUUAUAAAAUAUCAUAUCUUUCAACAAAUGAUAAACAAGAAUUUUAUAAAACAUUUGGUUAUAUUGAAUGUGAUCCAAUUUCAACUUCUAAUUUUAGUAGUUGUAUUAGUAGUAAUAGUAGUGGUAGUAGUAGUAUUAGCAAGGAAAAAAAUGAAGACAAUAUAGAUGAUAGUGAAAAAGUAUCAAAUUUAUUAAGAAUAUUUGGUGGAAAUUCAAAAUUAAAAAAAACAAAUACUAAUUUAGUUUGGAUGAAAUUAAAUUUAGAAUAA